CUCUGAGCGAGCUCGACGCCCGCGACAAUACUGGGCUUCCCAGCCACCACAACCCAGUCCACCACUCCCCCGCUUCUUUCUUCCAAUACACCACCACCCCAUUCCCGCCGUCCCCAGCGCACCCUCCCAUCGCACAGAACAGCAUGAGCACCGCCUGGAUGCCGCCGCCAGGGCGGCACUCCGUCCAGAUCGGCCAGUCGCUCACCCGCGCGCUCAAGGUGCGCAGGGGCGAGCCGGCCCACCAGAAGAGCAGCAAGAUCCCCGACAAGGAGUUCUACUCGUUCCGCUAUAACUUCAAGCCGGAGGGCGUCGACUCGACGAAGGUAGGCUCGAUCGAGAUACGGAGGGAUACGGAGGUAACGAGUGUCAUGGUAGAGAAGGGCAGCGAGAGACCAGACGAAGCGUACCUCUUCACCGGGAAGGAAGAGGCUGUGAAGGAUUGGGACUGCCUCCUAGUCUACGAUGAGGAAACAGGUCGCUACACGCUCGAGAAGCUCGACACCUAUCUACGACUGGCUUUCGACCGCAAGGCCUCGGGCCACGGCACGCUGCCUCGCGUACGCCUCGUUUAUUCCCCCAUAUGCUCGCUCACAUCCCUCUUUAGCUGCUGCAUCCACAGGUCCAGGUACACCUACGCCCUCCACACAGCCGCAACCCCGCGCGCGAGCCCCUCCAAACUCCCCGUCCCAGAGCGCAAGCCGCAGGAUGACGCCGAUUUCGACCUCGAGAACGAGCUCCUCGCAGGGCUCGACGACGCGGACGGGAAAGCGUCGAUGGCUGCCGUGGCAUCCAAGCCAGUGAAGGGUAAAGCGCCGCAGAAGCCUGUGCCGAGGAAAGAGGAGGAAGAGGAGAGCGACGGCGAGAUACUCGAGGCGGUCGAAGCUGCGUCGAAGCCAAAGCAGAAGGCCCGGCCAGAGCCUGCCGCUCUGCCCCCGGCCAACUUGAAGACGAAGCCUUCCCCCAUUCAACGCCUGGCGAACGCCAUGCUGGCGAGAUCAGCCGCUGCAGGAGCAGAGCCGCCACCUGUACCCAAGGCGAGGGUAGCACCGGCCUCCCAAACGAAGGCGAAGAAGGAUGCGAGCGCGGGCAAGAAGCGGGCUCUCGACGAGGAGACCUUCGACUUCGCGCUCCCGUCUCAGCCUGCGAAACGCCCGCGGCCAUCGUCACCCCCGUCGACGGCGCUUCCGAAGCAGAAGGAGAAAGAUAAGGAAAAGCCGAGUUUCUCGCUCGCGCUGCCCACUUCGACGCCGGCGUCGAAGCAGGCAGAACCGCCGACACCGCUGUCGUUCCCGGGCUCCGCUGCGCCCGUCACGCUGCCCGGUGCUGGUUCCUCUGCGGCAGUGUCUGCCCCGCAAGCGUCGUUUGACUCGGACGAGGAGGAAUGGGACGAGGUCCAGCCGUCCGCGUCCGCCUCAGCGCCCCCUUCCGCACCCAUGCGCGUCAUCGAGAUGGAGGAGAUCGUGCCGACGUCGUCGCCGCGCCGGCCGUCGCCCCCGCUCGCGCUCUCCGUGUUCGACGGUGACGGAGAGAUUGAUGAGGACGACUUUGAGAUGGAGGAGGUGGAGGUUGCGCCGUUUGUUGCGGGGGAUGUGGAGGAGGAGGACUUCCUUGCCGCGGCGGUGAGUCCUGUCCAGGAGAUGGUGGCGCUGCCUGAUGUGGAGUGA